AUGUAUCAUAUGGUAGUAUACGAUGAGUACAAUCGACGAAACGCUAUGCGAAUCGAGCGCCGGCGUCUUCGUGAUGCUCAAGAUCCGUUCGAAAUGCCGGAUGAGCAAUUUCGUGCGGUUUAUCGAUUUACUCGGGAGUGUGCCUUUAAACUAAUCGAAGAAAUGAGCCCUCAUAUGGCAAAAGGGCAGAGAAAAACUUUUGUGCCUAUCCCUUUAAAGAUUUGCACCGCCCUCCAUUUCUUUGCAACGGGCUCGUUUCAAAGAGAUGUAGGGCAAGAUUUUACAGCUGCUCUUAGCCGAACGAUGGUAUCACGGUCAGUAAAAGAGGUGUCCACCGUUCUACAAAAUAAAUUGAUGCCAAAGUGGAUCCAGUUUCCAACUGAAGAAGAAUACGAAGCCAUAAAACUAAGGUUUUUUGAAGAAACUGGAUUUCCAGGAGUCAUCGGUGCGGUGGAUUGCACCCACAUCCGAAUCAAAAGGCCGGAUGCCGAAAUUGAAAGUGCUUACCUCAACCGGAAAAGUUAUCAUUCAAAAAACGUGCAGUUGAUAUGCGACUACCAAUUGAAAAUUCUGGGGGGAUUUGCGUGGUUUGGUGGGGCUUCACAUGACGCCUACAUUUGGGAAGCGUCGAGGAUAAAUGCAUUGCUGGAACAACGUUAUGAAAGUAACGGCCGCAACCACGAUUCAUGGUUGUUGGGUGAUUCUGGUUACCCUUUGCGUCCAUGGAUAAUGACACCAUAUCGCUCAGCAACUAGCCGAGAUGAAAUUAACUACAACAAAAUACAUUCAAAGGCCCGAAAUUGCAUCGAGCGUCUGAAUGGCAAUAUAAAGUCAGUGUUUCGGUGCCUUCAGCGCACGUUAUUCAGCUCGCCGCAGGAUGCAGGAACGAUUAUAAAUGCUGUUUGUGUUUUGCAUAAUUUUAGAAAAGGUCACGGAAUAAGCGAUGACUCUAUUUUUGAUAUUCCUAUCAACAUAGACGAAGACAUAAGAGAUCCUGAGGAGCCAAACGUUUUCCUAAGAGAGGCUGUAAAUAUACGUAACAGAAUUAAAAGAAGUAUUUCUUAG